AUGGGCAACAGUCAAGGCAAGCCCGUUGACCUCAACGGCGAAGUGAACCUCAAUCACUUUCGACUGCUUCGGGUCGUCGGCCGCGGUGCCUUCGGCAAGGUUCGCAUCGUAGAGAGGAAAGACACAGGGCUGGCGUUUGCCCUGAAAUACAUUCGCAAAGAUGAGGUCGUGCGGUCAGAAAGCGUUCGGAACAUCAUACGAGAACGGCGCAUGCUCGAGCAUGUGAACCAUCCUUUUAUCUGCAAUCUGCGUUACAGUUUUCAGGAUAUCGAGUACAUGUACCUCGUCGUUGACCUAAUGAGCGGAGGCGAUUUAAGAUUCCACAUUUCGAGGAAGACCUUCACUGAAGAGGCAGUACGGUUUUGGAUCGCAGAAUUGGGCUGUGCAUUGAGAUACAUACAUGGGCAGGGCAUCAUACACAGAGAUGUGAAACCCGACAACGUUCUGUUGGAUGCUGAUGGCCACGUCCAUUUGACCGACUUCAAUGUCGCCUCGGAUGUCAUACCGGGAAGGGUUUUAAGCAGCAAAUCAGGCACACUUGCAUAUCUUGGCCCCGAGGUGUACGCCGGUAAGGGUUAUACUGUGACUGCGGAUUGGUGGUCUUUGGGUGUGCUAUUUUACGAGUGCAUAUACAACAAGCGCCCGUUUGAGGGAAACUCUGAAUCAAGUUUGACAAACAUCAUCCUAGCCGCCAACCCCAAAUUUCCCAUCACAUCACCACCCGUCUCGUUACCAUGCCUAUACGCCAUCCGAGAAGCUCUCCGCCCAGAUCCCAACGAGCGAAUGGGUCACACGUGGGAGAGUUUCACGCAACACGAAUUCUUCCAGGUGAUCGAUUUCGAGGCAUUGGAGCGGAAAGAGGUAGCACCCGAAUUUAUACCGUCAGCGGACAAAACCAACUUUGAUGCCACCUACGAUCUGGAGGAGCUGUUAUUGGAAGAGGCGCCAUUGGAAGCAAGAGCUCGGAGACAAAAACCGCGGGAGAGGUUAAAGGACGACGCAACCGAUAAAGAGAUCCGAGAAGAAGAGCUAUACCGAAGCAUUGAGCGCGACUUCCAGCCGUUCGAUUACACAGUAGCGGCAUACCAGAAGAUCACCGCAAUGCAGCAAGGCGGCACGUAUGCUGCGGACCCAAGCCAGAUCAAUGGCCAAACGAAUAUAGACACACAGGGCCAGGCUCUUAGUACCAACGAGGCCGUGGCAGCACCAUCGACCAAUUGCUAUAAGCAGGCGACGCAUGGCGUGUAUCAGCCGGAGCCAUUGCAGCGUCAACCGUCCACAGGGUUCGCUCAUGCUAAUAAAGGCCAGAGGGCACCUGGUCGACCAGCCCCGCUGCCACCGUAUCCCAAUUCUUACACAAACCGUGGCUCGUUCCCGUCAGGCAUGCGAGUCGAAUCACCAACCGGCGGCGUACAAGUGACGAUCGAUGCCGGAGGCAGCUGGUCGCAAUUAGCGAGGCAAGAUGCCACCCUCCCUACUGAUGCCCAGCAUCCUAGCGACGAUAAGGCGGGAAGUUCUAGCAGUGGCGUAUUUGGUUUCUUCGGCCGCAAGAAAGGCAGGGGUCACAGCCCGAAACCGAAAGAGAGAGGAGUGUUGGGCAAAGAGGGAGCCCGAAUUGUGAUUGGGUGA